AUGCAUGGUGGUUUAACAAAAUUAGAUCCUAAUAGAUUUGCAAAUGAAGUAGAAAAAAUCCUUGAAUAUUACAGUGAAACCACUACUUUAAAAGAGUUUGUAAAUGACAAGGGAUCUUAUUUUAAUUGGGAUGUCAUCUCCUAUCCUUCAAAAAUCACAGAAGAAGAUCAUGGAAUCAUUUACUAUCAUGAGUCGUCACAUUGUGGCUCAAUAUUCUUUAAACGUGAAUUUUAUUAUGAAAGAAAUAUAUUAGUAUCAUGGUGUAUUCCAAACAACAAGAAUUCCUAUAAUAUUAGUGAAGAAUUAUAUGAGAAGAACGCACAAACAACUGCACUGAAAUUUUAUCGUGCAAACGACGAAAAGUUAAAUAAUGUUUUAGUGACGAGCUACGGUGACUGUGACCGCUGGGGCAGUAUUUAUUCCUACAUGAAGCAUGGUGUACCGACCGAAUUAGACUAUAAUGGAGCGGGAGACCAAUGUUAUCAUUGGUAUGAAGGUCAACAAUGCAUGGUUUACAACAGGAAGAUGAUUUUUAAGAAGAAUUAUGAUUCACUUUGUCGAUGCUCAUAUAGUAUAUUCGCAUCGUGGUAG